AUAUCAAGUUUUUGAAAUCAUUGUGAGCACUACCAUGUGAAAGAAUUAUAAAGCAAUUAGUCCCUCUGAUAAAUUUCGAUAAUGUAAUAAGAAGAUGAAGAUUAUCAGAAUUAGGUGAUAUAUUGGCGCAAUACAUUUCGAACAGUCUGACCAUGUAGGGAAAGGCGCCGGUCAAUGGCAGUGUCUUGAAUCAUCCGUCACAGUUAUUUGCCAUUUCUCGUUAAAAAGUUUCAGUAAUAGAUGCAGACUACAAAGUUUUUAUCGAAUCAGCGACUACACUUUUACUAUAUUAUAGUAAAGCUUAUAGGAUAUCCUAUAAACUUCCCCUUAGCUAUAGUUUGAUGUUUUUCAAUAUUACUUGUAGUCUAAUUAAAUUUAAUACUUAUGGUGAACCGAUGAAAACCAGCUUCUUAGCGCCAGCGAAAGUUUUUGGCUGUCGUUUACUACGGUUGUCUAGUUAAAUUCGUACCACGGUCUGCGUUUAUUUCAAGUGAAGUCUGUGUUCAUUGAUUAUAAGGUUUUAAAGUUCGAUAAUUUAAACAUGUUUAAAGUACUUGACAGGUUCAGAAUCUAGGUAGUUGGUUUUGGAGAUCAAAUUAGUUAAGUUUGUUUUUGUCAGACUUAUGGGUUGCAGCACCAUGAAAAACUUAAGAACAAAUGACUUUCGCUUCAGUCGGUUACUCUUUAGGGGCGCCCACUGGUUAUUCUACCAGGAAUUAGGACUAGUACCUUCAGGUGUUGAAGCGAGCUUAUUUUCUUUACACCUCUGGGUUGGAAUUCUGUGGUUUACAUUUCGGAAUUAUAUCAGCUUUAGGUUUAGCACGUUAAUGAUGCCUUUUGCACUUGCUUAAUGAAGGCCAGUCACGACUUCUGACUAGACCUUCGAGAAUUCGCCGAAGUUGGUCACUAGUGCGCACACCAUUAUUGUUUAGUCCUAACCGGCUAGAUUGUGACAUAACUUUUGAGUUCAAACACAGCUUUUCGUGUAUCAUAUUGAGAAUAUAAGAGAUAUCUUCAUCUGAUUAAAUGCAAUUCCAAACCCAGUACAUAAGCAUUUACUUAAUUGCUGUAUUUGACUAUAUUUUCAAGUCUAGAUAUACAAAAGCAAGAGUCUGAGUUGGCAUUUAUUUUCAAACCCUAUCUUUUGCAAACUGGAAAUUUUAAUCUUAGUUAACCUUGUAUAAUCAAUCCUUUAAUAUUUCGUGUUUACACAGUCUUAUUCAGAUCCAUUAAAUGUAUAAUGGGGGAUCAACUACUUUUCGAAAAUCUUGACGAGAAGCUAGAGGAUGAAGAUGGAUUUAUUACUGCAAGUUGGUUAUCUAUCACUUUCGACUUGAAUAUAGAUGCAUCGAGACGUUUGAUGGCGGCAUAUAUCCAGGCACGUGACAACUUGUCAUCUGUAUAUCUACUGACUGGGAUCAGUAAACAAAAUGAUAUAUUAGUUAAGUUGGCCAAUUCAGACCAGUUAUCACUGGCUCAGAAGUCGUUCUCGUUUCCACCUAAAUGUGUUGUGUAUAGUAUACAACGCCGACAAUGCAAGGAUUCUUUAUCAUUGGCUUGCUACGAUUUAUUGCAUAAUAUUUCUACAGAUCAAUUAAAAAGAUUAACUAGUAUUCCGUGGGAGUCAUCUUCUGAUCCACUGCCAUGUCGAGAAAACCAAGAGACUGCACAGAAAGCACCGGAACAUGUUGAUUCUCCUGUGUUACCGAGUCUUGCUACCAGUGGAUGCAAUAAGAAAAUUAAAACUUCAGAUUUCAAAAACUUUUUCAGUAAGAUUGAAAAGUCUGUCCAGGAUGAUAAAACGCCUGAAAAUUAUUUAGCAACAAGCACUAAGAAUAACAUGAUUCCUAAGCCAGUAGAAAGUGGGAAACUGGAUGUAUCGGACGAAGACGAAGAAUUUGGUUUGAAAACCACAUAUUCUUCGCAAAAGCGGAAAUGUAUUGUCAUUGAAUCCGAUGAAGAAAAAGAAGAGAGUAGUACAAUGACUAAGGAUUGCGUGUCUACUAAUUUAUUUAAUUCUAAAGCAAGUACGAAACUUAGAAACAAUGAUAUACAGAAAAAGCGACCUACUCGCAGAAAAGAUAAACUGAAAGUAUUAGCUUCUGAUUCAGAAGCUGAUUCAUUUCUCAUGGAGCCUACACAAUCUGAAAAAUCACCCGACAAUGUUAAAAAAAUCGGUGUUAAAACUUUGUCAACACCGAUUAAGUGUGAAGAAAAUUCGAGAACUGAGAAAUCUAGCUGUGCUGCUGGUUUAAAUCGUAUUCGUCACCAAGUAAUGAAAACGUUUGCAGAUGAAGAUGGCUUUAUGGUUACGGAAAAAGGCUGGGAAUGUUCAUCAGAUGAUGAAACCUCUAAACCGACAACAGCACCCUCUCCUUGUAUGGAUCAAAAUGAGAAAAAUGAACGGGAUGUUCAACCGAAAAUUGAUAAUCCUGUCUCUCUAACUGCACCACCAACGAUUCAACAGACUAAGCCACCCAAACAAUCAAACAAAAAGAACACGAAUAAUAAACCGGCAGUUAGUAAACAAGCUUCAUUGUCAUCAUUUUUCAAGCCUAGUAAUACUGUAAACUAAUUACUUGGAGAUUCAAUUGUUAAUCAUUUUCUAUGAUUCUUUUAUGGAAUCUCUGUAUAAAAACGAUUUAUUUAAAAAAAAUUAGAACAUUUUCUGUGUAUCGGACAA